AUGGGACCUGGUCACCAGGGAGGCGGUACAGGUGAUGGUGUUGUACUGAUGGGACCUGGUCACCAGGGAGGCGCUAAAGUUGAUGGUGUUGUACUGAUGGGACCUGGUCACCAGGGAGGCGGUACAGGUGAUGGUGCUGGAGGCGGUACAGGUGAUGGUGUUGUACUGAUGGGACCUUGUGACCAGGGAGACGCAACAGGUGAUGGUGCUGUACUGAUGGGACCUGGUCACCAGGGAGGCGGUACAGGUGAUGGUGCUGUACUGAUGGGACCUUGUGACCAGGGAGGCUGUACAGGUGAUGGUGCUGACUGA